AUGGUGGAGAAAAGGAAGGUUGACCAACAAAUUGCGUGGAUUUAUGAGGGAACAAAGUCGUUGGUUAAUCGAGAAGAUUAUCUGCUCGGCAAACGGGUGGAUAAGAACUUCGAACUCUACUCUGAUACUGUUAUCAGUGAGAAAGAGAGUGGGAUUGAAGCAUUAGAAAAGCCGCAGCGAUGCAUAGGUGAGACUUCUUCAUCGAGGAUAUCCAAUCUAGAAGUUGAUAUUGUGAGAACCGAAGAUCCGUUGGUGGCUAUUAAGAUGAGGGAAGAAAGGAUUUGGCAGGAGAAAAUGGAGAAUCCGUUAGUGCAAUUAAGAAUGCAAAAACUGAUGAAAAAAGUGAUGGAAAAAAAGGAAAAGAAGCGAUUAAAAAAAUUGAAGAAAUUAGAAAAAAAAGACAAAAAACGUAAACACAGUGCAAAUUGUGAUGACAGUGAUAAUGAUCACGUUAAGAGAAAUGAACGACAUCGUGUUAUUGAUGAAAAACAUGCAACAGUGCCUUCCUUGUCCACGGAGCCGGCAAAAGAAAAGCGGGAAAGAAAACAUUUGCAGAGGGACAGCCAUAUCCCAGCACACUUACGACCCAAAUACUGUUCGUCAUCGGAGAACGAUAGUAAUGAAAAUGAAAGUACAGAAGAAGAUAAAAAAUCACAAAAAAAGUAUGGUUUAAUGAACACAGGGAAACACGAAGUACGGAAGCGGAAAGAGGUCGACAAUCCUUAUAAAGCUCUUCCAAAAAAACAAAUUGAGGCUUACAAGAGGUCAGAAAGGCGUCAAUUAACGGAAGAAGAAAUGGAAAUAAAACGAAAAGAAAUGUUAGAAAAUGCGAAUUGGAGGGAUGAAGUUCGUGUAAAAAAUAUCAAAAGAAAUGCGCGACGAGACGAGGAAGAAAAUCGAAGAAAUGAAGGGAAGACAGCUAAUUUUAUUAGACCGAUGCUGAAUAAUGCUGCAUCGACGAUGACUGUAGAGCAACAGUUGAAGAGUCAUCGAAGAGAAUUGCAACGCACCAGCGGUUUCACUGAACAAAACUUGUAUCAAGCAUUACGACAUAAAUUGUAUAUGAUUAAUUGCGAAAUUAAAUUUCAAAUUGUCCCCAAUUUUGCAAGAACUCAGUGGUUGAAAUUUUCAGCUUAA